UUGAACCUUCUCGCUCAACCAUAACGCAGCUGUCUUCCACAAUGUUCGACUGCGGCUGCAUGGAUGAAGACCACGACAAAAUAUUUGUUCGAGAGGGAAGACCGCUCAAGUUCACCACUACUCAGAAUGUGUCGGGUUAUGACCUUCUGUGGGCCUUAAACGACGCCAUUAAGGCCCAUGGCGGCAUCAUGCUCGAAAACGACGAGAACACAGAUUUCGUCCUUGUGAUGUCAAUGGAUAGACAGAAACUCAAGCGCUUCCAGGACAAAUAUGAGCUUUCUUUCGAUCGCAAGAAACGCCGUAUCCGCGUGAAGGAGAUCGAAUUUGUGAAAAAUUCUCUUUUGGAAGGCUAUAUGGUCCCAGAGACUCAACAGGCUAAACCAGGAUUUCCUGCUGGGAAGGCUCGUACUGAAUUUACUAAAGAGGAAGACGAGAAUCUCUGCAAGUUUCUAGCAAUUCAGUGCCCAGAUGGUGGUCGUAUGGGUCACCUUUUGUACGACCGGCUAGUGGAAUCUGCCAAAUACAGUAGGGACACUUCUUGGGCCAAAUCUCAUCCGGCAUCCUCCUGGCGAGAACGAUACCGGAAAAAUAAAGCCCGAUUAGACCCAAUAAUCGAACGGUACAUCAUCGAGCUCGGCACUCGUGAAGAAACAGGUUCCAGUGAGGACGAUGAGGACCACGAGGACUACGAGGAAGAUUCUGAGGAUGUACCUCCUAGCGAACGGUUCGAUUACGGAGAGCAACAGGCACCCCCUAAUGGUGGCUCGGAUAAGGAGAACAGUAGUGAACGUGGAGAGGAAGACCCUGAUGAUCAAGAAGCACUGAAGGAACUUCGGGAGACACAGCAAGAGGAGGACGAGGUUGAUAAUGCACUCCAGGAAAUAUCCCAUUCUCCUAUCGCUUCCACAUCCAGGUCUCAUAAACCGCAAGACAGCGCUAGUAUCAGCGCCAGUCGCCGGAGCGCUUCAACUUCAAUAAAGGAGCCUGUGCAGAACUGGCCCCCAGAUCGUUCACGUCGUCGACAGCGACUUUCAGGUGUCCUCACUGCACCAGCGGCUGCUAUUGUUCAAAUGAGAACCUCACUCCCGUCGGGGAAGGGGACAGAGAAGGCUGUAGACGAGAACGGAGGUGAGGAUGAUGAUGAUGAUGAUGAUGAGGAUGAGGAUGAUGAGGACGACGACGAUGACGAUGAUGAGACGGAUGAGGUAGACGAACUUGAGGAUGAAGAGCAUAACCAGGUGGAAGAGAUGCCUUAUAUUCAAGAUGACGAGCAAAUUGCAUCAGACGAAGGCAACAUGUCUCAAGUUGAGGAGGAUGAGGAUUUGAUGGUCCUCGAGCCUAUAUUGGGUGAUUGGGAUGCAGACGAUUAUCGUCCAGCGCAUUCUCCACCAAGACGCUCGCUCAUGCGCUCAAGUUCUUGUACCACACCUCACAAUCCCGUAUCAUCUUCCGGUGCAGCCCGAAAUGUAGCUGCAAAGGCUACACCGAUCGAUGACCUUGAGGUCUCCAAAGUAGAGCGAGAGCGAGUCAACGCUUCUACUCCUCCUCCCCCAAUGACGAUGGCCGAGCGCGUGGGACAGCGGAAAAAACGUAAAGAUUAUCGUCAAUUGCUGAAAGCCGCUUCUCCGCGAAUAACUCGGGCGCGUUCGCGUGCUGCUUCAGCCGAACCCCCGCCCCCUCAGAAGAUAGUACGGCCGUCGAAAAAGCGCACUGGCAAAGAGGUUGAGGUUAUGACAGACGAGAGGCACACGGCGACGAAACGGCCACGAAGGAACCAGGUCCCUGUCAUUCCUGAAGACGAAGUUGUGGAUGAGGAAAUGGGCUCCAGCAAUAGUGAACAUGAAGAUGUGGAGAUGGAGAAGGAUCGUAGUGUUCAGACUUCUGAUAAGCGUCGAAGAGAUAAGGAGGUUGAGAUUGCUUCGGAUGACGAACAAAGCUUGCGUAUGCUUGGUGUCUUUCCAGAACAAUCUGAAAGAUUGAGCAGGGCAACUAGGCGUCAGGUUCGAACGGUUGGGGAUGUGACUUCCAGUCAGCGGCAGUCGGUUCAACACAGGUCGUCUCCUCGGGGGUCAAGGGGUACAAGAGGAUCGGAGGCAGAACUCAGUCCGAGCUCUGCCACUACUGUGGAUUCGUUUCCACUGGAAGGAACGAGGGCCAGUGGUAUCAAAAGGGAACAUGUUAUCAAGGAGAUGGGUAUACCCUAUACACCUCCCACGGGAACGAGAGCUGCACGCCAUGUUCAGAACACCCGGACGAUGGCUCGGAGCUCCUAG